GCCCCUUCUCUUUAACCUUGUGAUCCGUUUCCCAAAUUUCUCCCUCCUUCCCCUUGUUGUCCUUUGUCUAAUGUCCUCCCGAGAAGCUCUUGGAUUUCUGUCCGACGCCGUCUCCGUUCAUAGAAGAGUAACAGCCUCCACCCCCAUACGCCUCGAAGCCCAUCUCCUUCGCAAGACUCUCCCUCUUUCAUCCCCUCGUCGAUCUAGAAUUGGGGUUAGGGUUAGGGUUAGGGUUAGGGUUCCUCCGCUUCUUGGAGCCCCGAGCCGAUCCCGGACGAAUUUCACGAUAUCUGUUUUCUUUGAUUCCACAUUUGUGGGGGAUCGGCGGUCGUGGUUCGGGAAGCGGUCCAAGAAUCCGAUGAGAUGGCGAAGCCCGAAGGGGAUCAAGGGGGGCUCAAUCACAACCUUGCCACCGCCGACCUGCUUCAUCGCCCCAGCGUCUCGCAGUCCAAGUCGGUGUGCGAGACGGUGAAUGGAUCGCAUCGGUACACAGUAAAGGGGUACUCCCUGGUGAAGGGGAUGGGCUUCGGGAAGUACAUAACCAGCGACACCUUCAGCGUCGGCGGUUACCAGUGGGCGGUCUACUUCUAUCCUGACGGCAAGAACCCUGAGGACAACUCCCUGUACGUGUCGGUGUUCAUCGCCCUUGCAAGUGAGGGCACCGAUGUGAGGGCGCUGUUCGAGCUCACGCUGCUCGACCAGAGUGGCAAGGGGAAGCACAAGGUGCACAGCCACUUCGAUCGGGCGCUGGAAGGGGGGCCCUACACUCUCAAAUAUCGGGGGAGCAUGUGGGGUUACAAGCGUUUUUACAGAAGGACAGCAUUGGAAACAUCAGAUUAUCUUAAGGAUGAUUGUCUAGUCAUGAAUUGCACAGUAGGUGUUGUUAGAAAUCGCAUUGAAACAUCAAGACAAUUUUCUAUUCCUGUGCCACCACCAGACAUGGGUAAGUGUCUUAAGGAGCUGUUGGAAUCUGGGAUGGGCUCUGACAUUGUUUUUGAAGUUGGUGACGAGACAUUCAAAGCUCAUAAGCAGAUUCUUGCUGCUCGCUCACCUGUAUUUAAUGCCCAAUUCUUUGGUCUAAUUGGGGAUCCAAAGAUGGAUAGAGUGGUUGUGCAAGAUGUUGAGCCUCCUGUUUUCAAGGCCAUGCUUCUAUUCAUAUACUCAGAUGAAUUUCCGGAUGUUCAUGAACUGACUGGAUCAGUUUCUCUGUGCACAUCCACAAUACUGGUGCAGCAUCUAUUGGCAGCAGCUGAUAGAUAUGGUCUAGAUCGAUUGAGGAAGUUAUGUGAAUCAAAGUUAUGUGAAGAACUGACUGCUGAUACUGUAGCAGCGACUUUGGCCCUUGCAGAGCAACACCAGUGUUCUCACUUAAAAUCCGUAUGCCUAAAAUUUACAGCCGCUCGAGAGAACUUGGGAGAAGAAUGAUGGUCGUCAGCGAAUUCCUCUGUUGAACUCGCCUAUAGAGAGCUGGUAUGGUCAUUUCUUCAUCAGGGCAGAUUUUUCAAAGAUAAGGAUCCUUCAGCAGAAACAUCCGUAUUUUAAUUAUUAAUGAUCAGAGUUUUUGCAAUUAAGAAGCAUGUCAGGUUCAUGUGGAGGAAGCUGCUGAGUGGAAUGAUCCUGUUGGGCUGUUGCCUUUUGCAUUAGUGUUACAUAAGACCCCUAACUGAAUAAGUUCUUAAGCAUAUUGGUGCUUUUCUGGAACAUAGUUGGCAGCAGUGAUUUUAGAAUUAACUAACUGGACGGUAGUGAACUGUGUACUUUCUUAGCUUGGAUACUUCUUUAUCAAGCAAUGAAUUUGCUUUGGUGUGCCUAAACUAUUAUCUUACAUCCUUGUGUAAUUUGACAAACAACGAAGUGCAGAAUACUUUAUUUCCCAAUCUGGUGCAAUGCAUCAAUUUUUGUCUUCCUGUGAUUCUUUUGUAGCUGCAGUUUUACCCUGACAAUCAGAUGGUUUGUAUUUUGAAGCAGAUUUAUCUAACCCUUUGUGCGACAGUUUCAUUGUGAACUUCCAUGAUGGAACCAUGGCAGUAUUUUGGCUUGUCCAGAUCCUGUGGUCAUAAAAGUUGAUGCUGAAAAUGUUUUGGUGCUUUAGUUAGUGGCUUUUGAUGCAUCCCUCGUUAAGCUACAUGCUACCAAUUCUCCUCUAUUAAAUCCUGCUCGAAAUGGAAGAUUAAAUUGCUUCCUUGAGUUUCUCAUAUUCCAUAGUUUGUCGAUUA